CAGCUCUCGGCCUCCGCCGGUUGCGGAAAGGGAGCGGUUUUUUGCUUGCUACGAGCGAGAGCACCAAGCACGUCUGGAGUCGCCCCGCGAGGAAGAUGGAAGUCACGCUGGGCUACUGGAACAUCCGAGGGUUGGCUCAUUGCAUUAAACUGCUCUUAGAGUAUACCAAGACCCCCUAUAACGAGAAACACUAUGCCGCCGCGGAAGUGGAGAACAGUGAAAAGAAAUCAGAAAAUAUUUCAAAGCAAGUUGGAAGGCUUGGCAUUGCUAUUAAUUUGGAUCUGACUGAAUGGACAAGUGUGAAGGAGAAGCUGGGCUUGGACUUUCCAAAUCUCCCCUAUCUUAUUGAUGGUGACAGAAAGAUUACCCAAAGCAAUGCCAUCCUGAGAUACAUUGCACGCAAGCACAAGAUGUGUGGUGAGACGGAAGAAGAAAUGAUCAGGAUAGACAUGCUUGAGAACCACCUCAUGGACUUUCGUAUAAACUUAGGAAGACUGUGUUACGAUCCAGAUUUUGAAAAACUAAAGCCUGAGUAUUUGGAAUCACUACCUGGGAAACUCAAGCUGUUCUCUCAAUUUCUGGGGGACAUGAAGUGGUUUGCAGGAAAAACGCUCACCUACGUAGAUUUCAUUGUUUAUGAUGUGUUAGAUGUACAUCAAAUGCUGGAGCCAAAGUGCUUGGACCAGUUCCCAAAUCUGAAGGAGUUCUUUCAUCGCUUUGAGGCCUUGGAGACGAUUGCUGUCUACCUGAAAUCAAGUCGCUGCAUCAGGACUCCCAUCUUUUUGAGUUGUGCCUUGUGGGGCAACAAAAAAAUCUAGAAGAGACCACAGGCCUCAGGAGGAUAACAACUGGAAUCACCAUAUGAAUGAGGGACCUUGAGUCAUUCAUUAGUCUUCCAUAUUUUCAAAUUUUAUUAUUAUUCUAAGGCACAUGUUCCCCUAAUAAAGAAUAUAAGAAAAUG